CCAUAAACGAACGCUCCUCUGCUUGCAGUGGUGUGCGUGAGCUCGCUGCUUCAAAGUGACAUUUUACAUACCUGGAAAUCGGCUUGAGAAAAACGGAGGAGAAGCAUUGCUCGCGUUUCUCGUCACAAAAGUUGGUGCGUGCGAACGGCUGAACCCCACAAUCGAUAGGGUAGUGUGAAGCGUGACACGGUGUAGUACGAAGAGAGACGCACAGUUAACGUAAAGUUUUGAGCGAAGCAACAGCAUCCGGAACCGGAUUUUCAACACUUUGCUCGCGGACACGUUCGGAGCACCAACGCAGUGCGCCUUCCCAUCUCGCUCCACCGCACACACAGAUACGCAACGGUGAAGGAGAAGACAGAACACCCCGAGGAGGAAUAAAACAUGGCUGCCAGUGCGAGCGGUGAUAAAGCUGCGGAUGAUUCACUCUAUCCGAUUGCUGUUUUGAUCGAUGAGCUGAAAAAUGAAGAUAUUCAGCUCCGCCUAAACUCGAUCAAGAAGCUGUCGACGAUUGCCCUAGCACUCGGCGAAGAGCGGACGCGCAACGAGCUGAUCCCGUUCCUGACCGAGUCCAUCUACGACGAGGAUGAGGUGCUGCUGGCACUGGCCGAGCAGCUCGGCAACUUUAUCCCGCUGGUCGGCGGGCCCGAGUACGCGAUGUAUCUGAUACCGCCGCUCGAAUCGCUCGCCACGGUCGAGGAGACGGUGGUGCGCGAGAAGGCGGUCGAGUCGCUCCGUACCGUGGCCGGCCAGCACAGCGCCCAGGAUCUGGAGGUGCACCUGGUGCCGACGCUGCAGCGUCUGGUGUCGGGCGACUGGUUCACAUCGCGCACGUCCGCCUGCGGCCUGUUCUCCGUGUGCUAUCCGCGCGUGUCGGCCGCGGUCAAGUCGGAGCUGCGCAUCAACUUCCGCACGCUCUGCCAGGACGAGACGCCGAUGGUGCGCCGCGCGGCCGCGGGCAAGCUCGGCGAGUUCGCCAAGGUGGUCGAGCUGGAGUAUCUCAAGUCGGACCUGAUCCCCACCUUCGUACAGAUGGCCCAGGACGAGCAGGACUCCGUGCGGCUGCUCGCGGUCGAGGCGUGCGUCAGCAUUGCCCAGCUGCUGCCACAGGACGAGGUGGAACUGAAUGUCAUGCCAACGCUGCGCCAGUGCGUCAACGACAACUCCUGGCGCGUCCGGUACAUGGUGUCGGAAAAGCUGACCGAUCUGCAGAAAGCGGUCGGGCAGGAGAUCACCAAGAACGAUCUCGUGUCGGCCUUCCAGUUCCUGCUGAAGGAUAGCGAGGCGGAGGUGCGCGCCUCCGCCUCGGCCAAGGUGACUGAGUUCUGCGCCAACCUGGACAAAGCCUGCCAGGAGCAGAUCAUCAUGACGUCGAUUCUGCCGUGCGUGAAGGAGCUGGUGGCCGACUCGAACCAGCACGUCAAGUCGGCGCUCGCGUCGGUCAUCAUGGGGCUGAGCCCGAUCGUCGGCCGCAACAACACGAUCGAGCAUCUGCUGCCGCUGUUCCUGAUCCAGCUGAAGGACGAGUGGCCCGAGGUGCGGCUGAACAUCAUCUCGACGCUGGACUGCAUCAACGACGUGAUCGGCAUCCAGCAGCUGUCCCAGUCGCUGCUGCCGGCGAUCGUCGAGCUGGCGGAGGACAGCAAGUGGCGCGUCCGGCUCGCCAUCAUCGAGUACAUGCCGCUGCUGGCCGGGCAGCUCGGGCAGGAGUUCUUCAACCAGAAGCUGCGCGAUCUGUGCUUCAACUGGCUGAACGAUCACGUGUACGCGAUCCGCGAGGCGGCCACGCUCAACAUGAAGAAGAUCGUGCAAACGUUCGGCACCCAGUGGGCGGAAACGAACAUUAUCAACCAGAUUUUGGUGAUGUACAAAAACAGCAACUAUUUGCACCGAAUGACCUGCCUGUUCUGCAUCAACGCACUGGCCGACGUUUGCGGUGCCGACAUCAUCGAGCGGCUGUUCCUGCCGACCAUCAAAGUAUUAUCGACCGAUCCGGUGGCGAACGUGCGCUUCAACGUGGCGAAAACGCUGCAGAAACUGUCGCCAUUCCUCGACCAGGCUGCCAUCGACGAGCACGUGAAGCCGAUCCUGGAGAAGCUCAACACCGACACGGACGUGGACGUGAAAUACUUUGCCUCGGAAGCGAUGGUGAGCAGUGCCGGUGGGUACAAUGGCGUGGGCGCGGGACGCGUUGUCGAUUAAUUCGCGGGCGUGGUCUAAUGAAUGGUGUUUUCUAUUUUCACUAUAGCAGCCUAAAUAAAGCGUCGAGAACGAUGAUGAUGGGGGUGAGUGCAGCGCAACCGUGCAGAGCAACAGGACAACAGGAUCAACAUCUUAAUUGUUGUGCGAGAAAUUUGUAGGUUAAUGGAGGAACGAUUUAUGUCGCAGUUUUUGGUAACUAUUAAUACGCCGCAGUGCAGGAAACACUCACAAAAAAAGUAAACCUCCCUCCCGACCCUUCCUCUCUUAAAGUGGUUGAGAUGCAUCCACACAUGCACACAUACCGUUUCGGUGGGUGCGUUUGACGGUUGGAUGCGGCUCGCGCAAAUCACCUUCUUUUGUCCGUUUGCAAGAAACACAAUUAACUACUUAACAGAAAGGGGUAGGACAUAAUGUCCUGCCGAGUCGUGUGUGUGUGUGUGCGCGCGAGCUCAUGCUUGGGUGUGUGUAUGUGUAUGUGUGGAAGCGGUUAAAAUAACGAAUAACAGAACAAAUAAUUAACUGAGAGGGAAGGAGAGGCUAGCGUUGUUGUUAGUAGCAUUUUCUUGCUGCGCUUUUCCGUUUGCCGCCGGUAUCACUUACUCUCUAGACCUAGGUGGGCGCAGGUGGGCAAGCAAAACACAAGUUUAUUGAAAAUACGGCCCCACUCCAGCCCGCGCCAAGCGGCGUAAAGGGGCGGAGAAGGAGAAACAUGUUUUGGGGCCGCGAUUACACAUUACUGAGGGCAAUGGGAGCUCUUUAUACAACACAAGACAAGGGAUUAUACUACUGUACACACAAUAGGCACACAUACACAAACAAUAACUAAAAUUCACUCUCACACCACAUUCACAUACAUCAACACAUUAUCUGUAUUUUUUUUUUAUAAAUAUGUAAUUGUUCUGAGAAACUUAAAUUCCUGUAUUUCGGUGUCCUUUCUGUAAACGAUGUCCACCCGACUCGGGCGUCCAGCGCGCACUUUCUCACGCAGGUGAACCAUUCGCUGUUUGCUGAGCAGCUUUUUCACACGUCGCUUCCCCGCCCGCGCAAUCAUCCUUAGUUUUGUCGUGUCGAGAAGCGCGCAAAUCUUAAUUUUCCUUUCAAAAACCGCCGUUGGAAUUUCAGGCUCUAACUCUGCGGGCUGUUAUGAAGCGAAAGAUCUUAAAAUCAAUGUUUAUUCCCUUGCUUUUUUGCUCUAUACAAUUUUCGCAAAGCUCAGAAGAGAGUGAGAAAGUGCCAAGCGCUUUCUCGUGUGUGUGGAAGAGCGAAUGUACGGGAAAACUGUGUGCGAAAUUAACUAACGAUCUGCGAUUAUGUGUAUAAUCUACGCGGCUGAAAAGGUAGCAUCAGCGUAGGAUCGUUUCAUUCAACCGAUGUCUUUUUUAACGUCUAAUUAUUUCUUCUUCUAACGCCUAAGUUUAUUCUAUAUACAUAUAAAUAAAUAUAAACACUAUAUAUAUUACGGAAGGAAUACAAAACACAAGCUACAUGAAUUGCGCGAUCGUUUGGCAAAUUAACGUUUAAGAGCAAAAUCGAAACGGGAGAAAAUUACAUAUGAAACCCACGACCCACAAUGCCGUCGUUGAAGGAAUGAGAAAUAGAAAUAAAACAUAAACCAAACAAAAAAAAAA